GUGGCCUUCUCGAACGCCUCCAGACACCCCAUGGGGCCACCCCAUCUGGCAGGGGACGACGUUGGAAACACUAGCACCAAGCCAACAACUAGCGUCCACACGAAGAACUUACACACAGAUUCUCGGCUACGGCGCUGCGGCCCUCGUGCCCACGGCUGGCUCAAUCCAGCUUUCUUGGUAUAAUCUUACUGGCGCUCUCCACACUUGCUGUCAAGCACCCGUCCUGCACACUGCGGCAUCCAUGUCCGUCGAACCGUCAGGGAUAAUCUCCAUGUCCUAGUCGUCCCGUCCCCACUCCCGGGAUCGCCUCUGGUACUCGCGCGUCAGAUAUAAGUACGGUACUCGUCGCCCCACGGCCAUUCAGAUUGUUCCUCACGGCCAUCUGCAAACUCGGUGUACGACCCUCCUUCGUUACCUUCGGCCUUCUUGACUCUUCGUCGUCUCAACUCGUCGUUUGCCCAACAUGGUCGCCAUGGGAAUGAGCGCCCCCAAGGGCAACAGCGCUGUCCGCGAGGAUGCACCUCAAUUCGAAAAGGUCAUCUGGUACAAGCACCCCAACAUGCGCAAACUCUUCUGGCACAGCUCAGUUCUUUGCAUUGCCUCUGCCACUACUGGUUACGAUGGUAUGAUGAUGAACUCCUCGCAGCAGAUGAACAAGUGGACUGAAUACUUCGACAACCCCACCGGUAACCGCCUUGGUCUAAUGAACAACAUGUACAACAUUGGUUCCAUCGUCAGUUUCUUCCUUGUCCCUUACCUUACCCAAUGGACCGGACGUAAAAUCCCAAUCGCUGUCGGCUGCUCCAUCAUGAUUGCAGGUGCUCUCGUCUCAACUUUCUCCACUAGCUGGCAACUCUACAUGGUCGGUCGUUUCAUCCUAGGUUUCGGUAACUCGUUCGCUCAGAUGUGCUCGCCUAUUCUUCUCACCGAGAUUUGCCAUCCCCAACAUCGUGGUAUCUUCACUGCUGUCUACAACUGUCUCUGGAACUUGGGUGCUCUCUUUGUUGCGUGGAUUGCAUGGGGCACAUCCCAAGCCGACAACCAUUGGUCCUGGCGCUCCAUUACCCUUCUUCAGGGUCUUCCAUCGCUUCUCCAGCUCAUGUUCAUCUGGUGGGUCCCUGAAAGCCCACGUUGGUUGAUCUCCAAGGAACGCUACGAGGAAGCGCUGAACACUCUUGCAUACUACCAUGCCGAGGGUGACCGUGAUAAUGUAACCGUCAACUUUGAAUACACCGAGAUGAGGGAAGCCAUCCGAAUGGAGGCCGAUGCCAAAACUAACUCCAGCUACAUCGACUUCGUAAAGACCAAGGGUAACCGAUGGAGGUUGGCCAUUCUCAUCUCCCUUGGUAUCAUUUCCCAGUACUCCGGUAACGCCCUCUUCUCCAACUACAUCAACUUGGUCUACACUGGUGCUGGAAUUACUAGCCAGGAUCAAAAGAUGGCUCUGACUGGUGGUGAACGUAUUUUGUCUCUCGUCGUAUCCACAUAUGCCGCUACCUUGAUUGACAAGGUCGGACGUCGUCCCCUCUUCCUGGGCGCAACCACUGGUAUGAUGAUGUCGUUCGUGUGCUGGACCAUCACCUGCGCCGUAUACGAGAACUCAGGCGAGACAAACAAGGGUGCCGGAUACGCACAAAUUCCUUUUGUGUGGCUCUUUGGUGUGUGCUAUGCCUUUGCUUGGUCUGGUCUGCUUGUCGCCUACGCUCUUGAGAUUCUGCCCUACGCACUCCGUGCCAAGGGUCUUAUGAUCAUGAACAUCACCGUCCAGGCCAUCCUCGCUGUCGGCGGUCAGACUAACCCUGUCGCUUGGGACAACCUCCCUAAGCACUGGAAUCUGGCGCUUUUCUACACUCUGUGGAUCUUCGUCGAGCUCGUCUUCGUCUACUUUGUCUACCCAGAAACCAAGGGACCCACUCUUGAAGAAAUCUCGCGCAUCUUCGACGGCGACGAUGCUGUUCCCCACGUUGACAUGCACGCCAUCGAGAAGGGCGUCCACAGCGAGCAUCUUGACAACCUCGGUUCCGAGAAGACUCCUCAUGUCGAGCACGUUCGUGUUUAAGGGGCGCUAGCCCUCUCUCGUCUUGCAGUCUAGUUGUUGUAGUGAUUGUAGGGAUACAGUUUAGUAUUUGCGGGUAGUUGCUUAUCAGAGCUCUGUAGCUUUGAUUACAAUUCUUAUAUUGGUGCUUCAUAGUAUUCAUACUGCACAAAGUGAAAUCUGUACUCCAUUAAUGAUUUAUUUGUGAAAAAAGGCUC